CAACGAGGAACUUUCAAUGGUUUAGUUGUAACCCUUCUCUUUGCAACCCACCUCAUCAAAGAUAAAAGACAGAGCCUACUAUCUAGAAAAGGAAAAUGCGCAUAACGGACAUUACAGUCUACAGCUAUAUCGCUGAAUACAAUGGUGGGACAUAUUCCAUGUCCAACGGGCGGACCUGUACAGGUCAGCCAUCUAUUGUAGUUCGCAUUCGUACAGACAGCGACAUUGAAGGCUGGGCAGAAAAUGCGCCUCUUGGUAGCGACUACUUGCCCAGCUCUUUCACUGGAGAACUCGCCGCGCUGAAGGAACUUGGCCCGCAGAUCCUCGGCCUCGAUCCAAGGUGCCCAGGGGCAAUAAGUGCGAAGCUUGAUCGCGCUAUGAUGUCGGGCAUGUCAGCCAAGUCUGUUAUUGAUAUUGCAUGUUGGGACAUUCUAGGUAAAGCCACCGGCUUGCCGACUCAUAUUCUACUCGGUGGACGACUGUUCGAUGCACCACCUGCUUUCUCGGUUAUUGGCUUUGGAGAAAUUCCAGUCGCAGUCCAAAAGGCUUUGGCCGAACAUGCCAAAGGAGUAGUAGCCAUGCAAGUCAAGGUUGGGGAUGAUCCACUUGUUGACGCCAGAAGGGCCCGAGCCAUUCGAGAAGCUCUUCCGGAGAGUGUGAAUAUUUUCGCGGACGCCAAUGCCAGCUGGAAUCUGUCCCAGGCACUGAUUUUUGCUCGUGCCCUUGGGCAGGACGUUACAAUACCAUUUGAACAGCCAUGCAGGUCUCUCUCAGACUGUGCACAAGUGGCCCGCCUUACUGGACUUCCAAUCAUUCUUGACGAGUGCAUCGUUACAAUGGCUGACCUGGUGACAGCACAUGCGGCGGGCAUAACUGGAGUUAACAUUAAGCUUUCCAGGGUUGGUGGUAUUACCAAGGCUCGCAUUUUGCGCGACACAGCUGUGGCAUUAGAAAUGAAUGUCAACAUUGACGAUACAUGGGGUUGUGCACUAACAACAACACAAAAUCUUCAAUUAGCUGCUUCUACACGCCCAGAUCGGCUAGGUGCUGUAGACUGCUUUGCUGAAUGGACACAUCCACUGAUAGCUGAAGUUCCCCGGAUGCAGGUAAAUGGCAGGCUAACCCCUUCCUCAGUACCUGGUAAUGGGUACAGGUUAAUUAAUGUAGAAAUGCUAGGAGAGCCCUUAUUCUAUAUUAGUAAAUAG